GGUGCCAAGGCUCAAGUCACUCACUGCAAAUCUGAUGGGUGUGACCAAUACUGUGGUCUGCAACUAUGAUGGAAAGGAGCUACCUAAAGUUUUGGGUAUCAACGCUGUUGAUAGAGUGUUAUUGGAUGCUCCUUGUAGUGGGACAGGGGUUUCAUCAGUACCAGGUUGUGGGAAGGGCUCUCCCUACUGAGUCAAAUGACCAUCCUAAGAUUUACAAGAUGAAGCUUUGGGCCACCAAUGAAGUCCGUGCCAAGUCCAAGUUUUGGUAUUUUCUGAGGAAGUUAAUGAAGGUGAAGAAGACCAAUGGACAAGUUCUUGCUAUCAAUGAGAUCUUUGAGAAGAAUCUUACAACAAUCAAGAACUUCGGUAUCUGGUUGAGGUAUCAAAGUAGAACUGGUUAUCACAACAUGUACAAGGAGUACCGUGACACCACACUUAAUGGAGCUGUGGAACAGAUGUACACCGAGAUGGCUUCUCGUCAUAGGGUCAGGUUUCCUUGCAUUCAAAUCAUCAAGACUACAACUAUCCCUGCUAAGCUUUGCAAGAGAGAAAUCACCAAGCAAUUCCACAACUCGAAAAUCAAGUUCCCAUUGGUCUUCAAGAAGGUUAGGCCACCAACCAGGAAGUUGAAGACCACAUACAAAGCAACAAGGCCCAACUUGUUCAUGUAACUUGGUUAUUUAACAAUCAAGCUAUAAAGAGAAGUUGAGUGAGUGAGUGACUCAGUUGAUUCCUGAAUCUUUUUUUUGGUAGAAACCUUUUUUGUCUGUUUUGUUUUGAAGGAUAUUUCAGUCGUUUGAGCAUAAAUUUUAAUUUAUUUUUCUUUUUUUAAAAAAAAUUGUUACUUUUUUUU